GCGGCCAGCGGAUCGGGCGCCUCGGGCCCCGACCGCUACUGCAUGGAGCUGCUGCGGAACCGAGACUACGAAGGCUAUUUGUGCUCCCUGCUGCUCCCCGCAGGAUCCCGGAGGUCUGGUUUUGCCCUCAGGGCCUUCAACGUGGAACUGGCUCAGGUUAAGGACUCAGUCUCUGAGAAAACCCUGGGACUGAUGCGAAUGGAGUUUUGGAGAAAAACUGUGGACGACAUAUACAGUGACAACCCGCCCCAGCAGCCUGUGGCCAUUGAGCUGUGGAAGGUAACAAACAAAAUGCUACUUUUAAUUUGUCUGUUCCUGGGCCCCCGACUGACUUCACAGAGCCCCAGUAAGGAUGGAAAGCCAGGCCCCCCCAGCCGGGGACUGAGAAGAAAAAGUGGAUGGGAAGCUGCUGUCAAAAGACAUAAUCUGACUAAAAGAUGGCUUAUGAAAAUCAUUGAUGAAAGAGAAAAAAAUUUGGAGGACAAAGCGUAUCGUAAUAUCCAGGAACUAGAAAAUUAUGCUGAAAACACUCAGAGUUCUCUCCUUUAUUUAACGCUAGAAAUAUUGGGUGUGAAGGAUCUUCAUGCAGAUCACGCCGCAAGUCACAUUGGAAAAGCGCAGGGCAUUGUCACUUGCUUGAGAGCAACGCCCUAUCAUGGUAGCAGAAGGAGGGUGUUCCUUCCCAUGGAAAUUUGUAUGCUGCAUGGUGUUUCACAAGAGGAUUUUCUACGGCAGAACCAAGAUCAAAAUGUGAGAGAUGUGAUAUAUGACAUUGCCAGCCAGGCACACUUGCACCUGAAGCAUCAGAUGAACCCACCCCUCACUGAGCAGGCCCCGCCUCCGCCUCCGCCUCCUCGCCUGCUCUGUGCAGCCACCAGCUCUCACUCUCGGACAGGCUGUGCCUGUGCCUCUGUCCUGCCAGGGCUGAUGGCUCCUUUCCGGGGGGGGGCUCGCGUCCUCAGCUGGCCUGAUGACUCGCCCCUGUCCUAGGCGGCCUUCGGACCUUCUGGGGCACAUGCACAUUUCCCCUCCCCGUUGAACUUCUGCGAGUAAGUGGCUCCAUUCAUUGUCCCCUCAAGGCCUGCAGGACCCUGGCACCGUUCACUGCGCUAUCAUUGCGCUUCCAUCCUGCUUACUCUAAUAAUAGGCGUCACUAAAUAAUCUCCUCAUUGCCACAUUUAAGGGGCCCUUAGAACUCCCCUUCAUGCUGUUUCUGCUGUUGACACCAUAGACAUUCUUGGUCCUUGAAACUUACUUUCUUUCUUUUUUUUUAAAUUUACAUCCACGUUAGUUAGCAAACAGUGCAGUAGUGGCUUCAGGAGUAGAAUCCAGUGAUUCAUCCCCUGCAUGUAACACCACCUUGAAACUGUCUGAUGCCUUCUUCCCUUGAUUCUCUGACUUGGCAUCUAAGCUGGUUCCUGAUUUCUCCUGCAUAUCAUUGAAGUGUU